AUGAUUGACCAGAUCCUCGGCCGCCCCUCGCCCACACUCCGCCGGUCCCAGAUCUUCCUCAUCCUCUUCUUCUGGGUCUGGCGGCUGUACAAGGGGGAUGGAGCCGCUCAUAUCCCCCCAUACUCCCUCGGAGCGGGUAUCGGCCCUACACCGACUACCUCCGCGGCCGCUGCAUCACCGCUGGCAAGCGGAAGAAUAGGCACAGCUGCGGGGCUCGGCGGUAAAGACGGGCGGAAUAGAUUAUGGGUCCUGAAGGUGUGGAAGACGCUCUUUGGGCAGAGCAGGAUGGCGAUGGGUCUAGGAUGGAUCGGGAGGUGGAAUCAGCGAUUGAGGCACUUUACGCCGUAUCAGCUCGUCCUGGGUACUUUGACCCUCAUGUACGCUCUCCGGCAUCUCGAUAUACUACUAGGCUACGGCUCGCCUGAGCCUCUUGCUCGACUCUACUCCCGCUCCUACUACCGCGCUACCUGGGUCAACACCGCCUUCGACGCUGGCUUCGCAUCCGCCAUGACCAUUCGCCCUCUCUGGCUGAAAGACGCCAUGAGCUUUGCAUUCUCGAUCUAUUAUCUGGUAUACCAUAAUGAGGGAGAUGAAGUUCUCCGCCGGUUCCGAGCACUCUGCACAGUCGAGAUGCUACGCGUGACGUGGGAGAAGACCAACAACCCCUAUGUCCGCCUCGUCACCUGGUUCUCUCGCCCUUAUAUCGCCAUCGUCGAGCACCUCACCAUCCCGCGGCCACUCUCUUCCUCCCGUGCCCACUUGCCAGCGGUGAAGGCGAUGCUGUUCUUCCAUGGUACGAAAGAGGAGCUGAGCAAGGCGACGGAGAUGGUCGUGGACUUCCCAGGCGGAGGGUUCAUCUCGAUGGGCCCGGAGUGUCACGAGGAGCGAUUGAGGCUGUGGGCGAAAAGGACGGGGAAGCCUGUAUUGGCGGUGAAUUAUGGCAAGGCGCCUGAAUACCCUUACCCAUGGGCCAUUGAAGAAGGUUUCGAUGCGUAUCGGACUCUGAUGGAGACCAAGGGCAGAUGUAUCGGUAUCGAGAGCGGCAAGCUCGCGGUGGUUCUGACUGGAGACUCUGCGGGCGGAAACAUUUGCACCACCAUCAUGCUCCGCAUCCUCGAACACCACACUCAGAUCCCCCGACCCGUCUCCAUCAUUCUCGCCUACCCCGCGCUCGACUUCAACUUUACAUCUUGGAUGUCGCCCGCUAAUCUCCGCGUCCUCCGCACCGAGCAAUCCGAGACGCACAUCCCGGGUCUGGUUCACGGCAAAGACCACAUGCGGCACAAGUCGCCGCUGUCCGUCGUUGACGAUACAGGCGAGGGACCUAUCGAGAAUAUCCGGAAAGGCAGGGGACACCGAGCGAGGCAGAAGAGCUGGGGGCAGGUGUUGGGAGAGAAGAUUCCGGGUCUGUCGCCCAUCGCGACGACCCUGGCGCUUCCGGGGGAGACGAGGGGUACCCCGCCCGCAAGUUGGACGGCCAGCCUACCGAGGAACAUGUCGGUCAAGGUGGCUGGCUGGCUUGGCGCGGACGUAGAGGCAGGAGGCGAGAAAGUCUCGGACGCGAGUGACUCGGAGGACGAUACGGAGACGGUACGGUCCGCGUCGGUCGAUCGGCGCCGAGAGGCGGAUAUGAGUCUGAGAGAAAGGGUCAAGACGCCCAAGACCGAACGGAACUUUGAUAUUCCGCGAGUAGACUCGCCAGUGCCAGUCAAGGAGGCGGAGGAGGUCAAAAAGGUGGUCAAGAAGAGAAGGAGGGCGCCUAUUGGGACGAGGUUGACGAUGACGAGUCGAGUGGGGUAUUUCCAGGAUCGUGUAGUCACGCCAAGCAUGAUGCGAGCGAUGGCUAUCCUGUAUGUGGGACCGACAAACAACCCGGACUUUGCGACCGACUAUUAUAUCUCGCCCAUCCUCUCCCCUCCCCACCUCCUCGCUCACUUCCCUCCCGUUUACUUCAUCUGCGGCGAGCGCGACCCGUUCGUGGAUGACACCGUCAUUCUCGCCGGUAAGAUCCGCGAGGCGAAGCGAGGACGCCGUGCUGAGGCUCUGCUAGCGCAGCAGUCCAAGUCGGUGCGGUAUGGCGAAGGACUGCGGAUGUCCAAGUCGCAGAGCUCGGAUGCGCCGGAUCACAUCCUGCGCGAGACGGACGAGGAUUGGGUACAGAUGCGGAUCAUUGAGGGAUGGGGACAUGGGUUCAUGCAGAUGACGAGUCUGAUGAAGGAGGUGGAAGGGGUGAUGAAGGAGAUGGCGGACUGGAUUGACGAGUCAUUCGUCAAUGCCCUCAAUCUUCGGCAGGACAUGGCGGAUGUGUCCGCGGCGCAGGCACGAGCGGCCGUCCCGGAGGAUCAACCGAUCAUCAGCCCUAUCGAGUAUUUGGCGCCGAACGGGUCGACCCAAGUCAAGCCUACGGCGGAGUACAAGAAGGUCGCGUCGGCGAUACAUACCGGGUAUCCCGACCUUGAGGGGCUCGGGACACUUGACGCGGACGCCGGAGGGGAGAAUGAGGGUGUCUUGGCGUUCACGCCCAAGAAUAAAAACAAGCGCAAAGUGUCGCUCCCGCCGUCCAGGUUCAGCCCGGUCCCUCGGCGGCCAAGCAAGGAGACGCUCGUACUCCACCGAAACAACUCGGCACCUCGUUUCGACAUUGACGAGACGGGAUCCUCUGGCGAAGCGGUCACCCUCCGGACUCCACCGCUCGGCGCGCGGAUCCUGCCUCAGGACGUCCCGAAGGGAUCGGGUGCAUUCGCAUUCUUCAACUCGAAGCGGUCUACCGCGACCAGUACGCCUAUCCCUCCCACCUCGAUAUCUGUCACAUCGCCCAACGGGUCGACACCGAUCCAUCCCUCCGCUUUCGCGCCAUACGGCUCCAUCCCCGCCCCCCACUCCCGUCGGUCCUCCAGCAGCGCCGGGAAAGACGCGACGGCCAGCAAGCCCACCAACUCGCUCGUUGCUGCUGCAGUGGCCGGCGCGAGGGCUGCUUCGCCCGCGCUAGCAGCAGCAGGGCUGGUCCCGCAGCAGAUUGAGAAUGUGUCAGAGGCGGAACUGUUCAGGAGGCGGAGGAUGGAGGCGGUGUAUGGGAUGGGAGAUACCGAGAGUGCUGUGCAUUCCGAGGACGAGGGGGAUGAUGAGGGCGAUGAGAGAGACUGA